GUGCUUCAUCUUCGUCUUCCUCUGUGUGUUUCCAGCAUGUGGACAGUGAGAAGCUGCACCCCCACCACACUCUGAGGAACAUCAUGUUUCUGGUUUCCCCCGAAAACGACAACCUGGGCCGGACGGGUCCCUUCGAGGUGAGCGCGGACCUGGAGGAGUCGAUGGAGUUCGUGGAGCCGGAGGCGGCCGGGCCGGCGGAGGAGAGCGGAGACGAGGCGGUGACGGACGAGGAGACGGACCUCGGGACCGACUGGGAGACGGUGCCCAGCCCUCGGUUCUGUGACAUCCCAUCACAGUCCAUGGAUCUUUCCCAGAGUGCACUGCAGGUGUCUCAGCCCUCUGCUAACGCUGGAGGGAUGAUCUCCUCCGCCGCCGCCUCCGUCUCCUCCUGGUUCAGAGCGUACACCGGACAGCGCUGACACAACACAACCUGAACCUGAACCAGAACCAGAACCAGAACCAGAACCAGAACCAGAACCAGAACCUGGGCUCUGCUUCAGAUCUGGACUCAAACUCUGGAUCAGGGCUCAGAGGUCAGAGGUCAGCAGGUCGAUGAGAGUUCAAACUAUACUCAGAGACAAUAAUGAGACUAUGGAUUUGAAUGAGGAGGAUCCAACAUGUUCUCUUUAAUUCUGCACACCAGCAACUUUCAUUUAAAACGACGAAUAAAAGAAUAAAAACAACAGAUGAUAAAAAUGUUAAAAGUCCAAACAGCUGAUCAUCAAGUCCUCUAAAGAUCAUUUACUGAUUACAUUUUUAUCAUUUUGUGUAUUUUACGAGCUGCAAAAUACACACACAGUAAAGUGUGAAACGUACUGCUUCACUAUUCUUUAAUUCCCUUUUCUAAUGUGUAUAAAAACAUGUAAUGAAUGGGUUAAAAACACACUUGUAUGCAUCUCAAGCCGAUUGAAGUGCAUUCUGCAUUUGUUAUGAACUACGUUAAAGUAAGCACACUUGACUCCAAAGGGACUCACAAUAAGUGCAACAAACCACAAAGAUUCAAACUCAGAACACCAAGAAAAGUGGAUCAAAUGAGUCGAACUCUUGACCGACUAAAACUAGAUCUCUAGAUCUAGAUCUAGAGAUCUCUAGA